AUGACUCUUGAAAGUUACUGCAGUCCUCCUCAUAGUCAGCUCUUUCUCUUUAAAACCAUCAGCAUCUACAUCAAAAGAACCCUCCCUGCCUCCACGCGGCCUCUCCUGUUCUCUCUCUUCCUCCUACACUCCUGCCUCUGCAGAGGAAACCACGACCUCCAAGAGGACCUGACAUCGGUGAGGACUGAGCUUGCACUCCGCCUCUUCCAGAGCAGGGCAGCAGACAGAAAUGGGACAAACCUUGUCAUUUCUCUCGGUGUGGCCAUCCCUCUGGAGAUCUUGCAGUUUGGAGCCCAAGGGAACGCUGGCUGGCAGCUGGCGGAGGCCCUGGGUUACACUGACCACAACUGAACAGUGAGAGACUUCUUGCACACUGUUUAUGACACACUACCCAACUCCAGCCAGGGCACCAAGAAGGGGCUGGCCUGCACCCUAUUUGUGCAAACAGAGAUGCCACUCUCUCCCUGCUUUGUGGAGCAGGUCUCCUGGUGGGCCAACUGCAGCCUGGAGCCAGCCAACCUCAGAGAGUCCGAUAGUAGCACCAUCCAGGCAGAGGCCAGCAAAAGCUCUGCCAGGCUGGGGCCCAGCUGUUGGAGAGAUGGGGGUGGGCUGGGUUGGGAUGUGGGGCCAAAGCAGUGCAGCAUUUCUCAGCUGGCGCCUGUAAGCAUGUCUUUCCAAAGCACUUGGUGGCAGAGAGCCCCCUCUCAGCUCCUGCCUUUCACCUGUGCACAGGGCCUCGUCCUCCAGGUCUCUAUGAUGUACCAAAUGGCUGCGGUCGACUAUGGUGAGUUCCUUCCCAUUCAGGACCCUGUGGGCCAUCAGGUGGGAGUGCUGGGGCUGCCUUACCUGGGAAGUGCAGGGAGUCUACUCCUGGUGUUGCCAUGUGACACAGACACCCCACUGAGCCACACUGAGGCACACCUCACAGCCAGCAUUAUCCACGUCUGGACCUCUAGUCUGAGGAGAGCCAGGAUGGAAGUGUUCCUGCCCAGAUUUAGGGUCCAAAAUCAUGUCAACUUAAAAAAUACUUUCAUUUUUUAGGGAGUCACCGCUCUUUUUGAUCCACUCAAAGCUAACUUGAAAGGAAUUUCAGGCCAAGAUGGCUUUGUUUUUGAAGUGAUCCACAAAGCCAAGAUUGAGGUUUGAGAGGAAGGCACCAAGGCAUCUGCAGCCACAGUGCUAUCGUUACUAAAAAGGUCUCAGAUCCCUAUUUUUAAAGCAAAUCGGCCAUACAUCUUUUCUGAGCACAACACUGGCAUUACAGUUUUUGUUAGAAUCAGCCUCUCUCUAGCAACAAGGGCUCAUUUAUCCACAGUAGCCUAA